GGCGAGCGCGCGGCUCCGCGGCCCGGGGCAGUGGCGGGGGCAGGGUCCGGCAGCGGCGCGGCGGACGGACCGACCGACGGACAGAACGACAGGCCGGCGCGGGUGGUGCCUGCGGCCGCCAUGGAGGUGUGCGAGAGCGGCGGGGAGCAGCCGCCGCUGCUGCACUGGGACCGCAAGCUGAGCGAGCUGUGCGAGCCCGCAGACCCCGACACGCUGAUGAGCCGCACGCACUUCACAGAGUUUCUGGAUGAAUUUUCACCUGAUGUCCUAGGCCAGCUCUUGAAUGAUCCCUUCUUGUCUGAGAAGAAUGAAAUCAUGGAAGUGGAACUGUCUCCGGCAUCCCCAGCGCCCCUCAUCCAGGCUGAGCACAGCUACUCCCUCUGUGGGGAUUCCCGACCCCAGUCUCCCUUGACCCACAUCUCGACUGAUGACAACUUUAAUGAAGGUGACCUGGAAAAUGAGGAAUGGUGUCUGGCUACAGAGUUUACUCCAGCUGCAAUAAAGACUGAGCCAGGGCUUUGUGAGACAUCAGGCCUUGCUCCCUCAGUCAGUCUCACCGUCACGGCCACGUCACUGGAGGGGGAACAGCCGGAGCUACAGACAGAUGCCCUGAUGAAACCACUGACCCAGAAAGUUCUUCCAGAGAUUAAAUUGGAGCCCCAUGAAGUGGAUCAGUUCCUGAACCUCUCUUCUAAGGAAGCAGUGGAUCCCCUGCAUUUGCCUCCCACCCCUCCGAGCAGCCAUGGCAGUGACUCUGAAGGAGGGCAGAGCCCAGCUCGUUCACUCCCUCCUUCCAGCCCAAUCCAGCUCCAGGCCACGGCGAAGGCUGCGUCGCGAACAGCUUCAAUGCUCUCCAAUUCCCCUCUCCUGACUGCACCACAUAAAUUACAGGGGACUGGCCCCCUCAUCCUGACAGAGGAAGAGAAGAGGACGCUGAUAGCAGAGGGCUACCCAAUCCCUACCAAACUGCCCCUGACAAAAGCAGAGGAGAAAGUUCUAAAGAAAAUCCGCAGGAAAAUAAAAAACAAGAUCUCUGCCCAGGAAAGUAGAAGAAAAAAGAAAGAAUACAUGGACAGCCUGGAAAAAAAAGUUGAGACCUGCUCAAAUGAAAACAGUGAGCUGCGUAAGAAGGUUGAAGUCCUAGAGAACACUAACAGAACACUUCUGCAGCAGUUGCAGAGACUCCAGGCCGUGGUUGCUGGCAAAGUGUCCCGCUCAUGUAAGGCAGCUAGCACACAAACAGGGACCUGUCUUAUGAUGGUGGUGCUGUGCUUUGCAGUAGUUUUUGGCAGCUUCUCUCAGAGCUAUGGGCCAUAUCCUUCUGCUACAAAGAUGGUGUUGCCCAGGCAGCAUUCCUCACCGGAGUCCUACACAGAUUCCAUUGUGAGGUCGAGGAGUCUACUAAUUUAUGAAGAGCCUCAACAACUGGAGGAGGCACCAAGCCCGAUCUCCUUCGCAGAUCACAGUGACAGGCAAACAGACACCUCCAAGUUCACAGCACUGUCCCUGGAGGCUGUGUCAGGGACACAGCAGGAUGAUAUCAUGCAGUUCACAAUAGCCAACGAGACAAGGCUAGAGAAAUCAGUGCUGCUGGGCCUGCAGCAGCACAGAGUCAACUCCGAACUAGAAGGAAAUGAAACACUGAAGAUAAUUGAAAUAGAUAGAAGAGUCAAUGCCACCUCUUAAAAUAAAAAAGGCCUUUUUUCUUGACUUCCCUCCUUCCCACAUAUUUUCAGCCAAAGUUCCCCUGACUUGUCAUCCUCAGUGAACCAAAGUACAAAAGAGAGGGAGUUCAACUUCUGCAUUGACUGAUGAGGCUGUGACUACAGAUGGGAUCUCUUGUCUUUGUAACUCCCUUCCUCACGUUGCACACAGUCCCUUUCUCUGCUUUUAUCCCUUUCCUGCCUAACACUGCAAGGGCAGGACUGAAUUAUGAUGGCAGAUGAUGCCAGCAGCGUGCCAGUGACUGGUGGGUGUGUGCCUGUACAUGCACACAGCCUGAUCUGAGCACAAUAACAUUCUGGAGAAGGGUGAAUUGUGCAAAACCAAUGGGAGCAUGUGGGAGAAGGUAAUUGAGAGAGAGUGGAGAUGCAGCAUGAUGGUGCUUAGAGUCUCACCACAGCUCUGUGCUUACUGGUCUACAGCACUUGAGCCUUUUGGGGGGAUAGAGAAGCACAUGUGCAGCCUGCUGCUGAAGGGACAAGAAAGGGUCCUGACACUGCUGAGUUCACAGCACAGGCAGGAGAGGGCUGUUCCAUGAUGCUGCUGAAUUGUCCUCCUCAUGCUCUUUCUCUUCUCCCCUCCAAUCUCUUCAUCACUUAGCAGGGUAGGUUUCUCUGUGCAUUGAAAGCAGUCCCAGUAGGCUUCCCUGCUUCCACCCUUGAGAAAUUAAACAAAGAUCAGUCACUGUCUUAUCACACACUGUGUGGGAGAACUACACUAGUUUAACUAAAUCUGUUUAGAAAGCAGGUUUUGUUGCAUUUAUGCAAUAUUUUAGAUGGAUGCCCUUUUUAGUCUGCUUAAGGCUAAUCUAUUUAGUUUAAGUCAGUUCCUUCCCAACAAACUACAUCAAUGUAAGGCUUAAACCAGAAGUGCCUCCUGAGAGGACUGUAUGGAUUUAAUUUAUUGACUUCUAGCUGGUUGAUGAAAAUUCUUGUGUAGACCCCGUCUCAGAUUGUCUUGUGUUUUCUUUUCCUUGCCAUCUUCCUGUUACUUUUGUAAAUAGUAUUUAUUAGCUUUGAAAAAUUCUGUUCAGAUAGUUGCAGAGAGAACUGAGCUUUUCUAACUCUGCAAGUGAUCUGGGUAGACCCUGAAAUUAGACAGACAAACAUCACUGAAUACUCAUUUCCUUCCCUUAAGCUUGAAUUGUCCUAAAAUAAAGCCGUGUGUCUCUUUUUCCUCUUACCUGCUUUUCCAGAGAUGUGAUCUGAGACCAACUGCUUUGGGUACAGACAGGCCCAGCUCAUGCCUAGAGCUGGUGGAUCCUGUGCUAACUGCAUGCCAAGGCAGCCUCUGAUCUGAGGAGCUGAUUACAUAGGCAGGAGACCUGUCAAAAGAGGAAUGAGAUGAGCACGUGGGAAGGUGAAGUGACUGGCCCAGGCUCAUUGAGAAAGCCAAGAGCAGCAUUCAGGUCUGAUCCUGGACCAGUACUCUUCUCCAUGCUUUGUUUCCUUGUCCCACAGUGUUGUUGUCUUCAAGUGUCCUCUUUCUCUCUCUCUCUCUCUCUCUCUCUCUCUCUCUUUCUCUCUUUCUCAGUACCCCGGUCAUGCCUUUGCCUGAGCUGUGCUUCUUGCAAUUUGUCCCUGCAGGGGCAUAGUUGAACUCAGUCCAGAAUUUGAGCAGGGUUUUAUCUGGUUCCUACAGAAGGGCACUCAUGCUCCAUCGAGGAUGAAUCUAAUGUGAAAAUCCUAAUUCAGCAGGCUAAUAUAGCUACUUAACAGUUUACCAGAAGAAGUCAAUUAAAAAAAAAAAAAAAAGUAAUUUGAAGAUCUUUUUUCUUUUAUUUUUUUUUCCUAAUGGUAAAUAAGGGAAAAACUAAGUAGCCUUACAAAUAAUUUUUUACUAUGUACAGUAGAUAUUUCUUGCAACUAAUCUAUUUUGUAAAAUACUGAAUUUGUAUUUUAUUACAGCAGCUGUUGCACCAGCUCCUUUCUUGUUCUUCAUUCUCCUUAGACUUUCUUUCUUCAGCAUCCUUUUUGCCACCCUCAGGCCUGGCUCAAAAUUCAGUGAAGUGAAUGGAAGGGAUUUGGUGAAUUGGAGAGGACUGUGGAUCAGUCUUCCCUGUGCCAUUUUAAGAGGGUGUUUCACAUCGGUGACAGUGAAAUAAGUGCCUGACUCCAUGAGCUCAUUCUGGUGUGCAGAUAUGCUCUUCUUGGUGAUGCCCUAUUCUUCUACCCAAGUGCCUUAUUGUUUUACCUGAGGUGACAAUGAGAGGAGAAGUGCUGUUGUAGUCUGUUCUGCAAGUGUUCCCAUCUUGGCAUGGGUCAGCCUCCACCAUAAAGUCUGUCUCCCUUCACAGUGAUCCUGCUGGGCUCUCUGAAUCAUUUCAGUAUCCAUGGACAACUUUUGUGAUUGUGGUUUUUUUUUUUUUUUUAAUGGUUUAAAGUUUCACAUAAACAGUGAUCACUUUUGAGUGCCAUAAGGGGUGGCUGCAUUGCUCAGCCACUUGAGGUCAGCAAAGUGACAGGAGAAAGCUGGGAUUGACCCCAGCUGGUCAGCAUAAGUGGGCAAGGUCAUAGUUUAGAAAAUUUCUUAAAUGGUCUUAUUUUUCCAGAGCACCCUUGGUUUUUUGCCCUUGCCUUUGGGGGCAACCAAGUGGUUAAAUUUUUUGCAAAAGAGGCCCAAGGGUGUGAAGCACAACACCACUUACCAGUCUUGCAGUUUGCACUUUGCAGCCUGAGCUCCUGCCCAUUGCCAGCUAAAUGGAUCACCUCCCAUUUCAGAUACAGCUGGCUGACUUCACUGUGUGAAAACCAAAGUGGAAUUAUUUCUCAGCUCUUAAAAAAGAGAUGAUUUUGCACAACCAAAAUAGCUCCUCCUCUCUGAAACUACUGCACGGGCCACAAUUAAAACUUUGCCUUUUUUCUUUUGUUUGUUUAAAUUGGGCAUAUUGUUUCAAAUCUGGUUGGAAGAUAAUCACUCAUGUUUUCAUCCUGAGCAUUUUAAACUGGCCAUGGUCUGGGUCAGGCCUCUGUACUAAUCCACCCAAGCCAGUAUGGCCAUACUGAUUUCUUGUAAGUGUUUGAUAAUGUAUUGCUAUAAUCUUAGUUUGUGUAAUCCUUUAAAUUAUAUUUAGGUACUCCUUUUUAGGGAAUCUCUUGACCUAGCACACACAUUGCUUGGGGAUUUAUUGUAUUACAUAUUACUUUAUAAUAAGGAACAGCUUUUCUUCACUUUGGUGUGUUUGUGAUCAUUUUUCUUCAGGGGCCUUAAUAGAACAGGUUUCUCUGCCAGGGGCCAAGGAAUCCCCUGUCAUCACCUACUCGCAGGCCGUUGUGUGCCAAGGGCCCAGGAUCUCCAGAGGGGCUUUGUGCCCGUGUUCUGUACCUAGCAGGGGACAGGAGGGGCCGGACAAGGUGCCAUUGCACUGCCAGCCUCAGCAUCCAGGGGUGACCCCGUGGGAAUGUUGAUGCACUGCAGACCACGUGGAGAGGCAGCUUUUGUGCUCUGAGGUAAGGGCAUAGGGCAGGAGUAGUAAGGCUUAUUCAAGGAGGAUGCCAGUAAGUGCUUUUAGUUAGUUCAGCUCUAUAACUUAAGGCCUUAACCUUCUGUCAGUGUGCUUUUUCUGGUGAUCAGUGACUUGGUGCUGUGGAAUAAUAUGUGUGUGUGUAUGGACAGGGUAAGCAAAGGCCUUCUGUGCUACAUAAUUUCCAUUUCCAGUAGAGGACUUAAGUGAUAAACCCUAGGAGUCCUCAGCUGUAAGGUUACAUUGCUCACCAGCACAAUUUUAUACACACUAGUAAACUUACCUUUUGGGCUGUAGUGUUAAAGCAUGUUUAGAUAUGUUGGGUCUUUGCUUCUAGGGAGAUAAGCUAUGAAGGAAUAUAGGGCAUUAUUUUAUCUAUAUGUAUAUUUUUAAAGUCUGAAUUACAGGGCAUGUGAUCUUUCUAACCUUAUUACCGGUGUGUAGAUAAUGUUGCCUUCCCCCCCCCUCCCCAGGAUAUUUAUAGUUCUUUGCUUUCUUUGCUGCACUUCUUUCUUUUCAUCUGUACCACUCAAUAUUUUUCAGCAGUGCAGACCAAUGGAUUAGGCUGAGGUUCUUAGGCCAGAUCCCAGCUGAUACAACCAGCGUGGUUCUCACACACUGUUCUUGGAGGCUGCAGGUCUGAUUUAUACUGACAGGGGACCUCUUCUUCCACAUCUCUCUGUGUAACAGUGUAUCUUGAUGUGUUCUUGAUUCUUCUAACAUAGACUAAAAAUUAAUCUAAAAACUUUUUUUUCCCUGCUAGAGAAACCAGCCCACCUCUCCACUCCCAUCCCUCCCAACUAUCAGUUGUGAGUUCUGUCUAGACACUUUUAGAAUGUAGGUCAAGUAAGUGAAUGAUGCUAAUUGCUACGUUGGGAGGGAUUUCCACUGAGUAUUUGGGCUCUAGAUUCUAGCUAAUGCCAAGAGGCCAUUGUUCAAAACCCACGCAGCUAAGAACAGAGAAAUACAGAGUAUUUUUAUACUCCUGGUGACUAAAAUAUUUCUUUCUUGAGUCACUAAUUAAAAAGGGAACAUUCUGUAUUCUGAAGGUGAAAUGAUAGGUCAGUACUUUGUAGCUACUAAAGUUGUCCCAGCCUAUAUAAGAGUGUAGUACUAUGAUGUAUUGCUGCUUUGCACUGUCUAGCAUUAAGGUUUAACAACUUUGGGGGUUGCACAGGGGAAUGAACUGAUGUACGUGUUAAGUAAGGUCUUUACAAAGAAAAUGUAAGGAUUCAAUCCCUCUUGUAGCUUUCUCACGGCCAAUAAAGUGACACUGGGCAUUCAGAUAAUUUGUUGAAGGUUGAUCCUGAUUAAUACUGCAUUGCUUAGGUGAUCCGCAUCCCUUGGAGACUUCAGGAUUGAGAGGGAAAUUGCAAUUUAGUUUUCUCAUUUUUAUGUCACACCUUUUUCUGCUUUACUGAGGUGUGUAUAUAUAUAUGAAUCAAAUUCCUGUGUAGAAAAAAAGUGCAUCAUGCAGGAAACUAAUUAGUGAUGCUGCUUGGAUCUGAUGCUGAAUGGAGUUUCAAUAUUCUUUGUUAGCAGUAGUCUCUGGUCUGCCCUACAACUGAUGUCCAGAUUCUUCCUCCAAGAGCUGCAACUAAAGAGGUGAGACCAGAACAUGGAAAAGCUGGAUUUGUAGAACUGUCUUACAGAAAGGGUGAAAAAAAAGGCAGGUGAAGGGACUCCUUGCGUCACAGGGAAACGUUCUAGUUGUUGAUUCCAUACAUCAGCAGUAAUAGCCUGAAUCAGCAGUGAUAGCCUGUUUCAUUAGUUGCCUGCUAGGUAUAGGUUUGCUCCUAUUCCCCUUGCUCUUUAAUGCUAUGCAGUCCUGUUUAUGCAUACCUGACCUUUAUGUUAUAUCCCACUUUACCCUCUAAACCUCUAAGGUAAAAAUCUUUCUGAACCUUAGUAGUCCAUAAUGAAGGAAGUGGAAGAGAGAGAGGGAGAAGCAGAGGCAGAUACUGAUUUUUUUUUUUUAAACAGAACUCUGCUCAUAUCUGACUUUACCGUAACAGACUUUAAUUCAGUGGUGCUGAUAUAAAGGCAUCUUGCUUUCUUCAUUUGUACAGUUGGUGAGAAUGAGUGUGCAUGUGUGUACAUCUGUGCACAUGUGCAUGGUGAGUGAUCAACAGGUAUCAAAAUCAAAGCAGGUAUCUUAAUGUAGUAAGUGUUGCUAAAUAAAGGCAUCUACCUGAACACACAGGGCACUUUGGGCUUGGUGCAGCAGAAAGUCCAGGCAUUUCUCUCUGAAACCUGUUCACAUUCCACAUCACUGAGCACUUGUGCAACUGUUGUGUGAAUUGCUCUGAAGACUGUCUUGUGAUUAAUUGUCGACUGAAUGUUGUUGCACUGUGUCAUUUUGUGUGUGUGCAUAAACUGUCUGACCUUUCUAGAGACCAGUUCUGGCUUGGUACAAAAAAAUAAUUAUUUUAUAUUCUGGUAUCAUUUUUGGUCUUCAGAAUUAUGGUUUUGAAUUCUUUUGUUUAAUUUUUUUUCUUUAAGUGGUGUAAAUUAACCUUAAAAGGUGGUCCCUGGGAGCACUAAUGCCCUAACCACUCCAUGGGCACAGUGAAAUGCCAGCCAGGGGAAGCAGUUUCUUCUAGAGGGUGGUGCAGGUGCAUCCCAGUUUCCCUGAGAUUCACUAGGCCUUCCAAGGGUAAAUUACCUGGUGGUGCUCUCUUGAAGAGAAGCAUCCAUGGCCAAUUCCAUUGCCUUGGGCAGUGCAGAACAGUCAUUCUGCUAGGGCACUUAAGCUGGUCUUUCCCUUUGUUCAUGUGAAUGCAGUAUAGGUUUGUGAAAACACUUAACCCCUAUCUAAGAUGACAGGGACAGUGAUACUAGUGCAAAAGCACCCUCCCCCCCCCAAAAAAAAAACAAACAAAAAAACAACUCCCUGGUAAACUUCAUUGGGGCCUCUUCUGACUGCAGAUAUCUCUAUUCUCUUGCCAUGUCUAUUUAACUUUGUGUCUGUGUUCAGUGACCUUUCUAUUUUUGUACAAGUGCUGUCAUCUGGAUACGGUCCCACCUGAUUGUUCACACUGCAAGCAUGUCCAUUGGGUGGAAAGAAAUUGCUGUUUUUCCUUUUUAAAUCAUCUGCCUGAUUCUAUGAGAGAGCAGACUACCUGCUUUUUUAGCCUAAAUAUGUAUGUAGUGAAGUAUGUUAUGCUUUUCAUUUUCUUGCAAAUAAAUAUUUUCUGUAGAAAA